AUGGAGGACGCGAGGGAGGUGUCGAAGGAAGACGGACAGGCGCUCGCCCAGAAGCUAAGUUGUCCCUUCUUCGAAACGUCAGCCAAGACGAGGGUCAACGUGGAAGAGGCCUUCAACACGCUGGUGAGGAACAUGAGGGCGAACAUGGACUUCAUCCGACAGAAGGAGGAGGAGCAGAACAACAUGCUCGACUCGCCGAGGCGGGGCAAGGACGACAAGAAGGGGAGCAAGCGCGGGUCGCGCGUCGGCGUCUCCAAACCCACGCUCGGCGGCGUCAAGUGUGUACUCUCCUGA